UGUCACAAACACAUGUAGAGCGGUGAGUGCGAGAGAGCAGAUCACUCCCAAGCAAAAAAAACAAAAAAAAAGAAGCUCGUGGAGCCAUUGAUUUGUUUUUUCUCUAAUCGAGCUUCACGAGGAAGUAAAAACAAGAACGACUUCGGUAUCUGGAACGAAAGUAUUGCGUAUUGAUAACGCGUUUGUCAAGGACUUCCCUUGUUCGCUAAUGAAAUAUAAAAAGAACGGAGCCAGAGGAAAUACAAUCUGAAAACCCCAUUAGCCUGGCUGAACAUUUCUAUUGCCCCGGCGUGAGAAAUACACGAAAGGACUUGAACUCCGUGGUGCUUAUAGUGCCGGGACAUCUGGACACUGACAUUUGGCUGUAAAACCAAUACAGCCUCUGCUGGCACUCAGCUUUUUUUUUUGCCAAGAUAGUUACUAUACUGUAAUUUUUUUAAACAUUACGUUACAUUUUCAACGCGGUCCUCACAUCUUUUAACCAUUACGCUUCAACGAGGCAAAACAGAGACCAUGGUGAACCCAGGCAGCAGUUCCCAGCCACCCCCGGUGGGUGUGGGGUCCCUCUCUUGGAAAAGGUGCGCAGGCUGCGGGGGCAAGAUCGCAGACCGCUUUCUCCUCUACGCCAUGGACAGCUACUGGCACAGCCGCUGUCUCAAAUGCUCCUGCUGCCAGGCACAGCUGGGAGAGAUUGGCACAUCCUGCUACACCAAAAGCGGCAUGAUCCUUUGUAGAAACGACUAUAUCAGAUUAUUUGGAAACAGUGGAGCCUGCAGUGCUUGUGGACAGUCUAUUCCAGCAAGCGAGUUGGUUAUGAGGGCGCAAGGCAAUGUCUAUCAUCUCAAGUGUUUCACAUGCUCUUCCUGCCGGAAUCGGCUGGUCCCGGGAGACAGGUUCCACUACAUCAAUGGCAGUUUGUUCUGUGAGCACGACAGACCCACAGCUGUCAUUAACGGCCACUUGAAUUCGCUUCAGACUAACCCUCUACUGCCAGACCAAAAGGUCUGCUAAAAGGAAUGGAGCCAUGCCAGCAAACAGCAGGAUGCGUGUCUUCAUGUCAGACCUGGCCCGUCGUCCCCGGUGGGCUGUCACUCUGGUUCUGCAGAGAGUCACCUUUCCGGCCGGUGUCUAUGCCACCUCCAGCACCCCAUGCCAUUGUAUUUCCCCUUUUUACUCUUGACUGCCCUCUUCUCGAGUCUGUUCCUGCGUUCACGUGACUGAGGAGGAACAUUAAGGACUCCAUGAACCUGGACUAAUGGGAGACUGUGUACAGAAAAUGAGAGAGGAAAAAAAAAAUUUAAAAAAAUAAAUAAAUAAAGCUAAUUGAGAGCAGCUUUUCCAAUCUGCAUCGUUCUUCUGUUAACAAUUAGCAGGGCGAUGACCGCGUUUAUACCCUGUGCUCUACCUUCUUUGCAACCUUCUGUUUGCUCUUUGUAUAUCUUAAGUGUUGUAAAGGAAAUGUGUUUCAUUUUGAAAAAAACAAUAGACUAUGCUUUUGUGGAAAUCUAUCAUACACUUUUUGUGUAACUCUGUAAAAUACCAUGUAUAUAUGCAUGUAAGUGUUCUUUUUGUCCCAAUGUUGCUACCACCUCUCCCCCACCCCAUCCCAUAAACACCCUCCACAGUGCAAAUAUGAAGCUCAUAGCAGAUACAAUGUAGAGAUUUUCACCAACCUAUAAAUGCUGAAUGAAAAAUAAAUCUAUUUGUGAUAUUUUCAGACAUUUGCUCAAGUAUGGUGUAUUUAAGUAAUACAAAUUUUAAAGAGAAAAUUAAGCAUGGUUUUAAUAUAAAACACCUCACAAUUGCAGCAUAAUUAUUGCAUUAUACAGUGUGCAUUUCAUUUGAGUGUUACAAUAUACAAGUGUUUGUAAUGAUUUUUUUUCUGUACAAUUGCUUUUUAGAAAGCGGUGCUUUGAUUAACCCCCAAAUGUUUUUAUUUUUUAUUUUUUUAUUUUAAGCCAUAAAUUAAUGGAGCUGUCAGGAUUUUAACAGAUAUUUGAAUAACAUUGAACCAUGGUGCACGGUGAUCAUCAAUACUAAUAAUGGCCACAUAAUUGAAAUAAGGAAACAUAACGAUUGCAUUUGUUUUUUCAAUUAACAUACGCUAUUCAUCUAUCUAAUGACCGUGUGUGAACGGAUACAAAAAUAUCCUUUGAAGAUUUAAUUACUGGAGAAAGAAACA